AAAAAAAGUUUCCAAAUUGGAUAGCAUGGUGAUACUGCAGGACUGCAUUAUUACAAAGUAUAGGUGGCCUGAUGAAUAUUGUCUAGAUAAAAACAGAAAAUCCUGUGCUAAUAAUCCUCAAGCUUAAGUGAAAAUUUAAAGAAAUUGCUGCUAAUAACAAAUAAUAUUUACGGCGAUAUUCUUGAUAGUCAUGAGAUUAACCAAAAUUCUAUGAUACAAUUUGAAUGUGGCACAAUCAAAAGAAGAGAAUAGAAGCGAACUAUCGGAACUUCUUUUAAUUUGAUAAAUAUUCAAAUUAUCUUUGGGAUAUUAUUCAUUCAGAUGAAGUUGGAUGUUAAUUUCAAAGAAAUGUUGAGAAUUUGACUAUCUAGUUAUAUUACUCAUGAUAAACUAGGAAACGGCAUUGGGCGACUUUAGCAGCUACAUCCAAGAAGAGUGAUAAUAAAGAGGGAUUAAAAAUGCUCUCAUGGAAAUGAUUACGAUCUCUGGACACAUUGAGUGUAACUCUGAAACGUCAUCAUCAUCAGUGUUUUUAAAAACAUCUUGACAAGUUUAUAUGUAAUAAUGACUUGAAAAAUGAAGAACGACUGCAAUGAUAAUUUAGUGAUUAAAAAUCUCGAGCGCAGCGAACAAGCAAAGAAAGUAUAUCGGUAUGUAACUGAUGUUGCUCGACGUCUUGGUGAAGCAACCUCAGCCAGUAAAGUAAUCGCCGAUUUAUUUAGCAUCCACAUAGAAGUCCAACGGCAGAAGCUUAGAGACAAUUGUGAAAAACUUUUCUUUUUAGAUCCCUUGAAUUAUGGAAAAAAAUCAGUGGAAUUAGUCUGGCGAAAAGUAUACUAUGAUACAAUAUAUAGUGCCAAAAAGCUGCAUGAGACCUACCAUGAUUGUGACAAUUAUUUAGAAAUGCAUAUAGUCUCUGGUAUUGGUCACUUCCAUAAUUUUAUUGCAAAAGUUCAGGCAGAAAUGAAGGUUAAUUUAAAAGAUUUGGAUUAUGCUCCUUCUUAUAAUGAUGAGGAAUUUCACGAUGAUAAGAACAACAUGCUGAUUGAACAUGACAGCCACAAUCUUUAUCAGUCAAUACUGUACUCAUGCUUAAUAUACCUGGGAGAUUUGAGUAGAUAUCAAGUUGAAAUUUUUAAUAAAAGUGGGGCAUCUAUUGCAGCUCGCUAUUAUCUUCAAGCAGCUCAAUUAGACCUCACUUCAGGCAUGCCAUUUAACCAACUCGCCAAUUUAUAUUUAGAAAAAAACUAUAAUUUGGAUUCUGUCAGUUCUUAUAUCCACUGUCUAAGUUGUUUAACACCAUUUGAAGGAGCAAUGGGUAAUUUAAACAAAAUCUUUGAAAAGAAUAACCAGUUCUGUUGCAUGGUAACACCAUCUGAAAGUUUGGCACAGUCUGAACAUAUUCAAAUUACAGUGGCAAAUUUUUUAUCUUUAAUUGAAAAAUGGUAUUUUCUUAAAGAUGAUGAAAAUAUACCAAAGCUAUGUAGCAAUGUUGUGCAACAGCUUAAACUAUCAAUGGAUUUUACAAAAGUUCAUCUUCCUGAUAUAAAUAAAAAUUAUAAUGAUUACAUGCAAGCAAUGGAAGAAGAAUAUGCAAAUCCAGCUUAUCUUAACUCUACAAUGAUACAUCAUAUUGUUAAAAUAUGCCUUUUUACUAUAGCUAAGAUGAAAGAAAAUGAUGAAGCCAAAUCAUUUGCAUGUAAAGCAUUUACUUUAGCAUUUUUAUCUCAGACAUUACAAAAAUUGCAUUACCAAUUAGAAAACUUGGGAUUUAAGAACCCAGCCAACAAUUACAUACCAAAAUAUAAGUUAAAUCAAUCAGAAAAAACUGUGAAUGGAUUGGACAACAUAGAAACUCAGGAUACCCAGGAAGUAUGUUUAUUGCCAAAUGGCAGUGAAGAUACUUAUGAUGGAAACAUAAAAGAAACUGGCUCUGAUGAUGAUAAAGAAGUCUUCAUUAAUGGAGAUGGCAAAAAUAAAAAAAAUAUACCAAGGCGGAGGCGUAGACGUAGAGCAAAUUCAUUAGAUAGUUCAGAUUUAAGUGAUAAUUCUGAGAACAGUUCAGAAGAAACUGACCAAACAUGCUCUGAUGAUGAUGAAGAUGCAAUUUCUGAUUCCACUUAUGUAUCAGAUGAAGGCAAUAGCGACGGUUCGGAUUUAGAGAAAAAGGUUGAAGAGAAAGUAAAUGGUUCUUACGAAAAUACAACUGAUAUGGUGGACAAUUCUGAAAGAAUUAACAAGACUGCGUCAGAAAAUGCCGUAAUAAGUAAUGCUCUAGAUUCAGAAGGUAUAAGCAACUUUUUACAUGGUGACAAUAUCUUGCCAAGUCUUAAGCUACUGCAAGAUUGGGUACUUACUGAAAAAGAUCUUAUUCUAUCAUGUGGAGAAAGUGGAGAAUCAUUAUUUCAAUGCGUUGUAAACUUAUUAAACAUCUUUCAACACUAUUUCUAUAAAAAUAAUGAUCUAUUAAGCAAAAGUAGUAAUAUUCUUAUUCAAGCUAAAAACAAAGCUAAAAAAUUCAGGCUGGAUUAUAAAACAAUUCCUCUUCCUGAAGAUAUAAACUUGCGUGGAACUAACAUUGGAAAAUUUGACAAAGAUGCUGCUGAGUGGCACCUUAAGGAGAAAUUAAAAUUAACAGAGUUUGACGAGAAUAUAAUAAGAAUAUUAAACUUCAUUUACUUUGGUAAUCAGAUAGCAAAGAUUGUGCCCAGGAUUAAAUUUAACAAAACAAUGAAGAUUUUUUACCUUAAAAAAGUAUAUCCUGCAAAAACUACACUCAAAUUAAAUCAUAAAAGAAGCAGAGAAUGGCAUAGCUCCAAUAAACAAGGAGAUAAAAACGAGGGUGGACUUCUUCGCCGUUUAGGUCACCUAUGGCUUACAUCGAGAGUCCGAGAAUUAGAGUGCACAGGACAAACUGAAGUGCCAUCUCUUCUGGCCGUAGACACGACUGCUUUGUAUAAACAUCUCCGUAGAGUAAAACAGCUCGUCAGAACUCGUAACUUUAUAAUUCUGAUCCCUAGUAUCGUAUUGCAAGAAUUGGAUGAGCUUAAGCGAGAUUGUUCAGCCGCUCGCGAUGCAAUACGCUGGCUCGAGAUGCAACUUAAGAGUGGGUCACGAUUUCUUAGAACACAACGCCCAGGCCAAUCGAAACCAAUGCCACUGAUCAAAUACCCACGAAAAGCGCCAUCUUUCGUACAUAAUUUUAUGCAAAUAUUAGAAUUUUGCAAUCACUUUAAUGAUGAAAAGCAACAAGGAGGAAAUGGUGAUUCAGAAAUCUCUGGAAAGUCUGCGCCAUUGCUUGUUUUACUCGUCGGUACUGAACAAGGAAAUAAUGAAGAGCAAUAUAAGGACGUUAGCCUGUUGGGAACGGCUCAUGCAGCAGGCAUUUCUAUCGAGUUUAUUGGUGACUUUUAUGCGAAAUGGCGUCAGACAAGUCAUAAAAAUGGUAAAAAGAGAUGAACAAUUAAUGAUUCUGACCAGGUACUCGACUUAUCAGAGGGAAAAAUGUCCCUUACGACGAGCGAUCUAAUUGUUCAGAUGGAAUGAACAUGCCCGCGUAAUAUGAUCGUAAUGACAAAUGGCAGAUUCUUAGGCAUUUUAUUAUUUAACUUAUCGCAAAAAUUGUUUCGUAAUAAUUUAAAUCCAUCUUGUAGUUUCAUGAGGAUCAUUUUAUAUGAAAAAUUGGUAAAUCUUGUAUCAUCCCUUAAUGUUAUUCAUUCAUUUGUAGCAAUGUAUGCAGUUUUUUUUUAAUAAAGAAUUUCA